UUGCUUUGCUUACAGUUCUCCAAAAGUGCUGACGCAACUGCAGAAUACCGCGUAGGACGUCUUUACUGUCGCUUGCAGAGAACCGGAGGUUCGGACCCAUGAGCCGCGGUGUAAUUUCUGGCUGCCAAUGGUUCCCUUUCGACAUUUGUGGGAGUAAACAGUAAGCCCCAGCGUCAGGAGAAUUGUGAUGGCAUCCGGGAUUAUUGAUGUCACCCUCGGCAGGGAUGCGACCAGCACCCCCUGGGGGUUCCGGCUGCAUGGAGGGAAGGACAUUGGAUUUCCUUUGACCAUCCAGCGAGUGUUCAUGGGCAGCCCAUCGGAAGGAGAGCUGCAGCGGGGAGAUACCAUUCUCCAGAUACAGGGCAGAGACACUCUGGACAUGACGCACAUGGAUGCCCAUGACCUCAUCAAAGCAGCGGGCACAAGGCUGCAGCUCCUCAUUCGAAGGUUACCAGGAGCACCUCAGACACCAUUCACUCCUACUAGUCCCCUUCCAACCUCCGAUGGUAUGCACCCCUAUGCGAAGCUUCUCCGAGAAACCGAAGCCGCCCGAACGCUUCCGAAAGCACCGAUGUUCCAACCAAUGUCCCCUCCGAGGGUGACGCCUCAGCCGCCCAAGUUCACGCCUCAGCCUCCAAGAGAGUACACCUCUUCACCUCUACCAACCCACCGCACCCCUUAUUUCCCACCAACGCCGAAAAAUUUAGCCGACGCCGAACUGAUCGAGUAUGCCAAGGAGAAAUAUACAGAAAGAGAUGCUAUGAGCCAUCAGGGCUACCGUACACUGCCAUUGAUUUCGCCAAAGCCGAAAACAAGGCACGACGUUCCAAUAGGUUCUUAUUUGCGACAUCAGCCCGACCCCAACUGGAAAGGAAGGGCAAUCAUAGGACCUUCUGUAGCUAAUUUCAACAAAUACCCUACUCCCACAUACUCGACGAUCGGACACUACAACAGAAGACCUAAGACACCACCAUCUGGAGCCCCUAUGUUCGAACGUCCCUUGAACGAUAGUGCCCAACUAGUCCAUCAUCAGUACAACUCUCCAAUGUUCCUCUAUUCCCAGAAGAACGUUGAAGAUACCAUUAAAGAGCAAACAGGCGUACAAGUAAAGAAGCCAACACUAAAUGUAAACAAACCUCUGCCAGCCAGUCAAGCCGGCCCACUCUCUCCUGGAACUCCAGGGAAUCUUGCCCCGGCCAAACCUGGAACAAAACUGACCAACAUAGUGGAUAUCACUCUGUCGCCAACCUUCCAGAUGAUUCAGGAGGCUGAAAACAGGUCAGCUAGUCCCCUGCCUGAGCAGAAGACUCCCACUCUUCCAAGGAGAGCCCCAGGACCGGCGGCCCCUAAGCCUUUCUUUGCUGACCAAGAGAGAAUCAACUCUUUUGGUGUCCCUAAAGAAGUUAUUCACCAAUCAGGAAGCUUCAAGACGCUCAUGUCGUCUUUGUAUGGCCCUGAGCAAGCAGCCUGAGUUGCCCAUUUGUUGAGUUGUUGUUGUUUUUUAAAGACAAUAUUUACUGAUUGCUUCAAGGUUCUUGCCUUUAUUUUCUGCUUUGAAAUAAAUGAGUCAUUAUAGACACUCUGCUUCUUUAAUUCUUCAGUUGAUCAUUUCAGCUGACUGAUUAUGAUUUAGUGAAUCACAAUAGACAAUGAAUAAUAUGUGCCAGUUGAAAUCCUUGGACUUGUAAUAUAAAGCUGAGAAAUAAAUAAAUUCCAAAUGGAA